CGUGUUCCGAUUAAUUACAAUCGAGAACGUUCAUAAAUUCAACACGUAAAUUCGAAUCGAUUCAUGCGCAGAUUUAUUCUGUCUGACACCUGACCUGACAGUUUUAGUGAAAGUCAUGUUUACUUGUAGCACCGGCAUAGGUGUAACCACUGUAAACUUAUUAUUAGUAUUAGUUGCAGUUGCAGUAGUAGGUGAUGAACUAGAAGAACAGUUUUGUUCCAGUGACAAUCUUGACAGUGUCGAAUCGUCGUGUUCGCAUUCAAUAAAUACCAUGUCGAGUCCUGACAGUUAUAAAAGUGCUAAUUCUAUUUACGAAUUCACGGCAAACGAUAUCAAAGGAGAGCCAGUAUCUUUGGAGAAAUACCGGGGUCAUGUAUGUAUCAUAGUCAACGUAGCGUCCCAGUGUGGAUAUACAAAAAAUAAUUAUGCAGAAUUGGUCGAAUUGUACGAUGAGUAUGCAGAAUCGAAAGGCCUCAGAAUUCUUGCUUUCCCGUGUAAUCAAUUUGCAGCCCAAGAACCGGGAAGUAAUGCAGAAAUUUGCCAAUUCAUGCAGAGCAAGAACGUCAAAUUUGAUAUGUUUGAAAAAGUUAAUGUGAAUGGUAAUGAUGCUCAUCCAUUAUGGAAAUAUUUGAAGCACAAGCAAGGUGGUACUCUUGGUGAUUUUAUUAAAUGGAAUUUUACUAAAUUUAUCAUCGAUAAAAACGGACAACCAGUUGAAAGACAUGGACCUAAUACAAAUCCCAAAGAUUUGGUUAAGUUUUUAGAAAAAUAUUGGUAAAUGUCUUAUUAAGAUUUCGUGAAGUUAAUAUUUUUCUAAUAAUAUUGUUUUACCGCACCAAAUAAAAUUUUUACUCUAUUAAAUUAUAUUAAACUUUUUAUUAAAAAAAAAAUAAAAUUUUGUUGUAGUUA